AUGAAAUUCAUCGACAUCCUGGGUUUGGCUGCUUGGGCGACGGUCGCUUCUGCUCUUGCGGCCAACAAUGGCUCUGAUAUUCGGAAGUUGCCCGCUAAAGAUGCGAUUAUUGAUUGUGAUGGCUAUCCCUACGUAUCUACAAGACCACCACUAAUGUUCGUGACAGGCCCCGACAAAUACUCCGGCACAGCUGUAACCGCCGCCGCCGAACAAGCCUGGAGAAUGUGGCUGAAGGGCGAAAAGAAGGGCCACGACGACAACAUCCCCGACGCGCAGUACCCGCACAACAGCAUCCCGCUGCAGUUCGGCGACCACUUCAAAAACGACUGCGACAACGACGCGGACACCGUGAUCCAGUUCCCUAUUAUCGGAGACGGUGUGUAUGAUGGGAGCCAGGAGCAGGGGAUGGAUCGGGUUGCGUUGAAGGAUUUGGGGGAUAAGAGGUCGGCGGUGUUUUGCGGGUUGGUUACUGAGCGGGAUGCGGAUGAGGCAUCGCGUGGUAUCUUGCAGUACCGUAUGUGCUGA